AGAUUAAUGAAGUUCUCUCGUUCAUGAGUAGAGGCUGCGGAGCACAGGUAUUUGGGAAGUGACGUCACCAGCCCUGAAACGGAGGAAGGGGGGGACGAAACGUUUCGGCGAGCAAGAUGGCAGCGAAAUCCGAUGGCGUGGGGGUCGUUACCGGGUUCGCGCAGCUGGAUGAGCAGGACGAUACGGCGCUCAACGACGACGAUCUGGACAGCGCGGCCAUCCACAUCUGCCAUUGCUGUAAGUCGUCGUCGUGUUACUGGGGCUGCCGGAGCGCGUGCCUGCGCUCCCUGACGGGGAAAGGGAUCCGGAGAGGAGGAAGAGGAGCGGAGGAGCGCCUGUGGUUGGACUGUCUGUGGAUCGUGCUGGCCAUGCUCGUGUUCUUUUGGGACGUGGGCACGGACGUGUUGUUGGCCUUGGAUUACUACGGGAAGCGGGACUACGCGUGGUUCGGGCUCACGCUCUUUUUCGUGCUCGCUCCGUCCGUGCUCGUGCAGAUCCUCAGCUUCAGGUGGUUCGUGCAGGACUACACGGGCGGAGGCCUGGGUCCGGUGCAGGGUCUGAGCCGGAGAGCAACCGCUGGACUGAGCGCAGGCAAAUACAGCAGGCAUACGUGCUGCCACAUCUCCAUCUGGACUUGGCAAGUGCUGGUACAUCUCCUGCAAAUGGGCCAAGUGUGGAGAUACAUUCGGACUAUGUACCUGGGCAUCCAGAGCCGGCGCCAGACCAAACACAGACGGAGAUUCUAUUGGGCCAUGAUGUAUGAGUAUGCUGAUGUCAACAUGCUUCGACUGCUGGAGACAUUUUUGGAGAGUGCUCCACAACUGGUGCUACAACUUUGCAUUAUGAUCCAGAAGAACCGGGCUGAGACUUUGCAGUGUAUCUCUUUAUUAGGAUCGCUGAUGUCUCUGUCCUGGGUGUUAGCUUCCUACCAUAAGCUCCUGAGGGACUCCAGAGAUGACAAGAAGAGCAUGAGCUAUCGAGGGGCACUGAUUCACAUCUUCUGGAGGCUCUUCACCAUUUCUUCAAGGGUGCUCUCCUUUGCUCUCUUCGCAUCUAUCUUUCACAUCUACUUUGGCAUUUUCGUGGUGAUGCACUGGUGUGCCAUGGCCUUCUGGAUUGUGCAUGGAGGCACUGACUUCUGCAUGUCCAAGUGGGAGGAGGUGCUCUUCAACAUGGUAGUUGGCAUUGUCUACAUAUUCUGCUGGUUUAACGUGAAGGAAGGUCAGACACGCUACCGGAUGAUGAUCUACUACUUUGUGGUGCUGGCUGAGAACACAGUGCUCACCUGUCUGUGGUACACCUACAGGGACCCAACCACCACAGACUCUUACGCAGUGCCAGUCCUAUGCGGCGUUUAUCUAAGUUUUGCCUCAGGAGUGGUCUUCAUGGGCAUCUACUAUGGAGUCCUUCACCCCAUGGGCCCUAGGAGGAGGGUGCUAGCCAGCUCCUGCUGUGCCGAUCUAUUGUGGGGUCUCCCUUUACCCCCUGAGGCCGAGCCAAUGGCACCAACCCCUGGUCCUCAUGCUACACAGACAACCCCAAGCCGGGCAUCUACAGCAGGUUAUGGACAGCAGGAUGACUCCACUACAGACACCUGUCUACCAGUGUUUCAGGUGCGCUCCCCUGAGCUCACCACGCCAUCGGGUCGCCAUCGACCAGAGGGGCCGCUCAUCAAGAUCGAUAUGCCCCGCAAACGUUACCCAGCCUGGGACGCCCACUUUGUGGAUCGGCGCCUGAGAAGGACCAUUAACAUCCUGCAGUUUAUCAGCCCCUCGGCUGUAGGGAUCAGGUACAGGGACGGGCCUCUUCUCUAUGAGCUCUUGCAGUAUGAGUCCUCUCUGUGACCAUGUCCUCUCUCCUCCAAGCCCUGUGUGUCAUUCUUUCUGUCCUGUUCAUUAGUCAUCAUCCAUUCCUGUCAAUUUUUUUACCUUUCAUUUAAUCAAAAGGGUUUAAACGUUUUUUGCAACAACAAAAAAGUUUUGUAAUUAUUUACUAUAAAUGAAUACUUAAAAUGUGAAAAACAAAACUUGAUCUUAGUCAGUGUACAUGAUUUUCUUAUGCAAACUGUGAGUGUAUAUUUUAUUUGUACAUAUGCAUUUUCGUUUUUAUAUAGUCUAUUUAAAAAUGUCAACUUCCUUUAAGAAGAUGCAUAUCUUCUGUCAGUGUGUUUACAGCUAGCUGAAACCAUCCCAUUGGAAAAAUGGAGGUAGAUUGACCUUGUUCAAUUCCAUUCAGUUCCAGUUAUGUUUAUCUUUAGGUGUCUUCCUGUUUGUUUCCUCUUGUAAAUAGUUUGUCAGUGUUCUGUAUGGUUUCAGACUUUGCUUUGCACUUACACUGACCUCUGCAGGCAAAAGCUUAAAAUUGACGGAUUACACAGUGGCAUUCAUUGACUGAUUGCCUUAACGAUAUCUUAAUAAGAAGUCCUACUUUUAGAAAUGUACUUCAUGAGAUACCUCAUUGACUCAUGAUAGCACAGUUUUCAUUAAAAGCUCAUAAAGUACAUUUUGCACAGCAUGUUUAAUGUAAGUAUUAGCAAGCAUAAAAUGAAAGUUUGUUGAGUACAUAUGUAAAAGACAGCUUUUGACUUAAGAAGAGCUCUCCGAUUUACUUUUCAUAACAGUGAUGCCAGGUCCACUGUUUUCUUGCUGAAUUGAGUUACUCUUGAGUGUAUUAUCAGUGAAUUGGUCUCAGCUAUAAUAAUAUAAUAAUAUCUGUAAUAAUGAGAUCAUGUAGUCAAACUAUGCUUUACCACUGCUUCAUGCAUUUUAAAAGCUGUGUGUAGGGUUUAAAAGGGGAAUAUGCUUUAGAUUUGGACUAGUCUUACUGACCUUUGGAUGGGUUUGUAUGGGCAUUAACGCAUUGGUUUGUAACGCAGACCUGGCAACCCUGCUUCAAAGUAUUGUGCUCUUGCCUUCUUAGCUGUCCGUCUAUCUUCCUGCAUUUUUGUAGGAAUGGUCAGGUAGUUCUCCUCCAUUCUUCCCAGCACCCCACAUGCAUUUCUCUGUUGGUGCUCAUUCUUAUGGUUUUUAGUCCAAUUCCCCAUUUGGACAUUAAACCAAGUAAUAAAGUUAAAAGGUGCAAAUGCUUAACAGUGAUUCCGUAUGGAAUCAUUUGCAUACAUGUAUUUUAUUUCUUUUUUUCCAAGUGUUGGAUUUUUAUUUAUUUAUUUUACUUUUGUCCAAAAAAGCUGAACUCAUGGAACUAAAUACUUAUCUUUGCCUGAAUAUACCUGAUUGGUUUUUCCACAAACUAAGAAACCAUUGCAGUGUUUCUUUCCUGGAGAUGAGGAUGCCUUCCCAAUUCACGUCCUCUACUGUAACCUUACCACCUGUCAACAACCUUUUUACUCUGGAUAGGUGCUUACAACAAAAUUGUUUUUCUAUUGUACCUAAGCAAACAGCUUAUUGUUGGAUAUGGUGCUACAUUCUUACAUAGAUCAUGUACUUUUGUGGAAAUGCUAGGGCUCAGAAUGCUUGGUAAGACUGCUGAAUCUGACAUCUGUUUUAAACUAGGGCACAUAUUUUCACCCUUUGCAUGACAAUGAACUGUUGUCUAUAAAAAAACAACAACAGCAACAACAACAAAAAAUUACCCCCACAACUUGGCCCUGGAUAAGCGAAAGUAAAUGGAUGGAUGGAUGGAAAAAACAUCCAUCCAGGUCAUUUAAAUAUCUAAUUGUAGUUAAUUCAAGGAAGCUGGAACUAACAAGCUCCUGAGAAGUUAAACAUCGUCUAGAUAAGUCAUGAUGCCUUCAUUUUAAAGUCACUGUUAGGCAAUGAGUUGUUUUAUCUGCAUAUUACACCAUCCUCAUUUCCAGUUUAUUCUGUAGAUUUAAAUAUGCGUCACUUAUAUCAUGAACAUCAACACACUUCAGGUUUGGUUAGGAGUACACUACUGUGGCUCCAUUGUGCCUCCUGUGAUCCUAAAACCCAGAUGCCAUGCAGGUGCGUCCAACAAGGUGAAGGGUUCUUGCCAGGGUUGGAAAGGAAAUUCAGGGUCAGCUUAUUAGGUUUGACAUUACAAAUUCACCUGAGGUAAAUGAUUUAUUACUGUUUGUGAUUCAAAUUAACAUUUGAAGAGGAUAUGAUGCUGUAAUUUGAGCUCUUGUGUGCUGACUCGAACACGGCUCCUUCCCUGGUUGCUGCUAGCCCUUCCCUUUUAUUAGUGUAUGGCUCAGGUAUAUUCUGGUGCAGAUAUUCUACAGAUUACUACAAAUGUGCUUAUUGGGUUUUCUUUCAAAUGUUGCACGUUAAGUGAAUACAUUCACAACAUAGUACCUCUGCAUAUAGAGUAAAAUACUGAAACUCAACACUUGUUUUAUGUUACUUCAGUUAUAGUUUCUGGUUUUGUUGUUUGCUGGAAGUUUUAGCUUGUAUUUGUGCUUUUGCCAAAAUGUACUCUGGGUGUAAAUAGUUGCUAAGCAUGUCCCAUGGGGAAUUGCCAUCUUACAGGUGCUAAAACACUGUGAUUGGUUUGUUUCUUCAUCAGCAACAUUAUUUGAAUUGUUUUCUAUUAUUAAAGCAGUGUUGAGCUGAGAUUUCAGUUCAGUAAUACACUGGUAAAAUACAGUAUCCUCACCACUUGCACUGUUCUUGUAUUGUAACACUGUUUAAUGAUUAUGUUCUUAAGACAUCCAUUUACUUUCACUUUGUUUGUUUGUUUGUUUGUUUGUUUAUUUAUUUAUUUAUUUAUUUAUUUACUUACUUACUUAUUUAAAUUUUUUGAAACACUCAUUAUUUGGGGAACUCACAGAUAUCUUGCUGUUAUGUCAUUUAUCCUGUUGGCCUGCUCGUAAUUCUCUCAAGCUGCAAUCUCUGUAGAGAAUGGCAAAAACUGGCAAUGCAGAACAUGUUGAAAAUGAUUAAAUACUCAUCAUGCGCACUAGUGUGCAGCUCAGACGCGUAAAUACUUCUCACCUGAGCAGAUGCUUGAUCUCAAUAACAAUCCCUUCUGCAUUUCUGUUAUUAUGGCCCCUCUUUAUUUUAAUCUGUGGUGCUUUUAUAUUGCCGGUGCUUAAUGCUGCCACGACAAACUUUUCAGCAAACAACAAUGCCAACGUGCACAUUAAAAAAAAUUUUGUUUGUUUGUUUUUCACAUACAGAAACAUGAUACUUGUGUGUAACAUGACAUUGCAGCAGAUAGUUAAGUAUACAUUCCAGUCUUAUUCACUGUAAAACCUGAUAAGUUCAUUUAACUCACAUAAUUUGAGGAAACUAAUUACCUCAAAUUAAAUCAAUUUCUUUAAGCCAAAUACACUUAAAUAGACUUAAUUGUGUUCAAUUUUUGUUAUAUUUAAUUGUGUUUGGCAUAAAGAAAUUUAUUUAUCGACUUAAAAUUUUUGAGGUAAUCACUUUUCCUCAAAUUUUUUGAGUUAAAUGAACUAUCCGGUUUUACAGUGUUGUAAUUCGCAGAAGUUGGAGAUUCUAUGGUGCAGCUGCACAGGAAAAUGAACUCCUGUGCACAGCCCAAUAUAACUGUUCUUAAAGUGUUACAGAUACAGCAAUACUAGAUAUUUACAUGGAUUUAUUUGGAGAACAGUUUCAUUCAAAGCGACUUACAGUAUAGUUGAAGCAGGAUCUCUGGCAAUCCUGGAAUUUAAACUCACAAUCUUCCUGUCACUAAGCACAAUUUAACAACUAAGCGGCAUUGCAAAGUUGUUACUUGAAUCAGUUGUAAAAAUAUGUUAGGAGCACAUUACAGACGUGCGUUGAAGCUAGAAUGUGUUGUCCAGUAUUGCUGUACUUGGUGGACAUUUGGGAACAUUGUCAUCAAGGUGCUAAAGCUGAUCCGCCUUUGUAUAUUAUGGUUUAUGGAGAUGUAAUUAGAUUUUUAUAUAAAGCCUUGCUGUAUAUUAACUGUAAAAGACUGUUCAUUUAAAAACAAUACUGAACAGAAAUGUCUUGUACUCUAAAAAAUACAGAAGUACAAUUCUGUUAUCUAAAGAAAUAGAUUUUUUUUUUAAAAAAAAGAUAUAUAUUUUGUUUCUUCUCUAAAUGUCAUUGUGAAUGAACAUGAAUGCUAAUGGAGCUAUGAUAUAAAGCUACAGUGUAGCUUUCAGCGUGUAGGUUUGUUUUUCAUUUCAGCAGACUUCAAUAAUCUUAUGUAUUGUAUGCAUGUUUCUCUCCAUUCUCCUUGUUGGAAUGAGUUUCACAGAUAUAAUUCGAGAUUGAAUUAUUGUAGUCAGCAUGGCCCCACUAGUACAAGUAUGUAAGAAAUCCAAUUAAAUGCCCUUUUUUGUGUAAUAGAAUUAAUCUGACUUUUGUGCACUUUUGAGGUCAUAUUGGCACACCAUGUAAUUGAGUAAGUUCAAGUGCAGCAAAACUAGAUUAACAGAAUUGCAAAUUUAUUUGAAUUAUUAAUCAUAAUACAGUGAGUCAUUAUGUAAAAGCCAGGAGUUUAAUGUCUGCAUUUAAUGUCCAGUGUUUCCCAACUGGAGCAGAGAAUAGGUUUUUGAUUUUAAGAACCUGAAAAAUAUCCAUAAAAACAUUAAACGUUCUUUACUUUUCAAAAUUAUGCAAUCUGUAAAAUGUACACUUAAAUGGGCCAUAUGUAUUUUUGUUCCAGUGAUUACUUUUUGCCUUUUUCUAAAGUUAGUGUGAAAGGACAAAAAUCACUCCAGUAGACGCUGUUUAAACUGCGUCAUGAAUUCCCAGCAUUCCCAGUUCUUUAGAUUCUGCUCCUCUGCUUAUACUAUAGGUCAUAAUACCUCUGCACCUCUGCUGAGUAUCUGUACAGUCCCCUCCGAUAGAUCAGAAUUUCAGCUCUCACUUCCUGAUAGUUACUACAUGCGUUAAACAAAUUCAAACAUGCCACUUUUUGUUUGAACCCACCCAUUUUUCAAGUGAUCAAAUAUAUUGGAACAUAUGACUGACAAGUGUUACUUGUUGCCCAGGUGUACCCUGUUAGAUUGACUGUCUAAACAGAUAAUAGCUCUGAAAGUCUACUCUUGAUUUGAGCUCUGGGUUUUGCCUGUGAAGACUGCAUUUGUUGUUAAAAAGGAUAAACCAUCAUGAAGACCAGAGAGCUGAUUAUUGGAAAAUCAAGCCAUUUUUAACCUGAGAAAAAAGGGAAGAUCAAUCAGAAACUUUGCACAAGCA